AUGGCCCCUCAGUGCUUGGUGAUAGAUCUGGGUGGUGGCUCGAUCAAAUUUGGUCUUUCGUCUGCCAAAAGUCCUAGAUGCGUUGAUAACUGCAUUUACAGGUCAAAAAACGUACCAGGGCGAAAUUUCAUUGGUAGUGAAAUUGAAGAAUGUAAGAACCUUUCAAGUCUAUUUGGGAUAUAUCCCUUUAAAAAGGGGUAUAUUAACAACUGGGACACCCAGAAACAGAUACUAGAUGGUGUGUUAUGCCGUUACAUCAAUUCUAGUUCAGCUGAUAUGCAAUCUCUGAAUCUAUUUGUCACCGAACCUUAUUUCAACUUUACUUCUACUAAAGAAACUAUGAAUGAAUUGUUUUUCGAGGAAUAUCACGUCGCUGGUCUUCUUCGAGCUAAUCCCGCUUUUUUCGCCGCAUAUAGAUAUCGAUCUGGGUCAUCUCAACGCCCGUCCCGAUAUUCCCUUAUCAUUGACAGCGGCUACUCUUUCACUCACAUACUUCCGAUGGUCGACGGAAAUAUUAUGAAGGAAUUCGCUCUGAGGCUCUCCGUUGGCGGCAAAAUCUUGACGAAUCGGCUGAUAGAGGUCACAUCUUACCGUCAACUUGAUGUUAGGAGCGAAGUUUAUAUCAUGAACCAAUGCAAAGAAGAUGCAUGUUUUGUAUCCACCGAUUUUUGGGCUGAUCUCACAUGUGCCAAAUCUCACAAUCCCUCAAUCAACAUGCUAGCUCGAGAGUACGUACUCCCAGAUUACAUUGACGUACACCGAGGUUAUCUACGUAGUCUCUCGGAAAAGCCGAAAGAUGCUGUUGACCGGACUAAAUUGCAGGGAUACAUUCUGCGUCUUAGUAAUGAGCGCUUCACCGUCCCUGAGCUCCUCUUUCAUCCUACUGACGUCGGCUACACCGAAAUGGGCAUCUCGGAAGCCGUGCAGCACCUUCUCACUGAACGCUUACCUCCUGGCGUUCGACCUGGCGCCAUGGCCAAUGUCCUUCUCAUUGGCGGCAAUUCAAAGUUCUCUGGAUAUAAGGAAAGAGUGUGA